AUGGCCGCCGAUUCGCACCUGUGGGACCCCGCGGCAGCGCUCUUCCAGCAGCACCUGUGCCCGGCGCCGGGCAGCGGCGGCGCCACCCGCAGCACGGGCCGCGCCGGGCAGCGCCGCGGCUCGGGCCACCACUCGCCGCCCAAGCAGCCGCCGCCGCUGUUUGACGCGGCGCCGCAGCAGCACCAUGCGGCCGUGAAUGGAGGUGGCUGGCUGGCCAAGACCGGCAGCAAUGUGGAGCACCUGCAUGCGGGCCUGGUGCACUGGGCCUCAGAAGUGAGUGCCAACAUGGUGGCCCUGGGAGCCACACCGGUGCCCGGCCCAGCGCCGGCAGCAGCAGGCAGCCCAUUGAGCAGCCCGCGCGCCGCAGCCCUCAUGGCCGUGUGCCGGGAGGAGGCGGAGCAGGGGCAGCAGCAGCCCCAGCCCCUGGCGCGCCUCACCUCCAACCUCUCCAGCCACUACUCGGCCUGUCCGCCGGGCGGCGAGGCGGCAGCAGGGGUGGCAGCGGCAGUGGCACCGGGCGGCUCGCUGGUCAAGCAGAAGAGCGACCUUGCUGACCUGGCGCAGCUGGCAGAAGAGGAGUACCAGGCGGCGGCUGUGGGUGCUGCGACAGCGGCUGCCCGGGCCGGUGGGCAGCAGCAGAGGCAGGCUGCGCCCGCGCAGCCGCCCAGCGACACCGCCAGCCAGGAGCAUCAGCAGCAGGAUGGGGCCGGCGCGCAGGCGCAGCACAGCGGCGCCGAGCUGGGCUGCAAGCGGGAGAGCGAGAGCGAGGAGAGCAAGGCGGAGGGCAGGCACCCGCCGACCAAGCGCCAGCGCAUUGGCACCGACUCGCCGCAGCAGGACAGCACCGAUGCAGCGCCAGCCUCUGGAGGCGUGGCUGCAGCCGUCGCAGGCGCGGCAGAGGCAGCCGUGGCAGCCCACGAGCAGCCAACGCUGGCCCCAGCUGCGCCGGUGGCAUCCCUGGCUACACAGCGGCGGCUUAGCCUGUGA